UUACCUACAAAAAAAAAAGAAAAGAAUGACAGCUCUUGGUUUCCCGUUUUCGUUUUGUCAAUCGUCAUUCCGCAAAUUAAAUCCGUGCAGUAUUUGAAAAUUCAACCUGACCUGAUCCGAAGAAAAGCAUGGACAUUUCUGUCAUAUUCAGCAGUCAGCAUUGGAAAUGAUGAACUAAAGAAAGUGUUUGAUAAAUGCAGAAGACACACCUGUUAGUGAGAGCAUUGGACAUGGCACAUCCAAUUCAGGAAUUUGAACCCAGUGUUCUAAGACAUGUGCAUGAUGAUGAAGAGGGCAAUAAUUUUGCUAGUGAAAUUGUAUGCCACUUUAUGGAUGGAAGAUACUUUAUAAAGACCAAGUUUCAUGCAGAGUUUCUUGAAAAAUUAAAGGAUGAAAGAGCAACAAAAAAAACCUGGAUCUAUCUAAACGGACUUGAGGGUUUAGGGAAAUCAUCAUCAUCAAUUUACUAUGUUUUGAAAUGUCGGGAAAAUGGCGACCUCUCAGUUCAUUAUGUUGACUUAAAUAGAAUUGAAGAAAGAGAUGAAGAUUUGGAAUCCUUUGAAGCUUAUUCUAAGAAAUUUGGAAAUAGAGACUGCGUAAUAGUGGAUCAUUUUACCCUGUAUAAUGCCCAUUAUCUAGAAAAAGUUAAAAAAAUUGUCAAGCGGCAAGUUUCAUAUCCACAGUUCAUUCUCAUUGAAACAGGUUUCACUGCAAGUGCACAUAAGUUUAUGGAAUUUGGAAGAGAAUUUCAGCUUGAUGAAGACACUUUUCUCAACAUUUGGAAGGGAUCCUUAGAAUACAUGUUAUCGCAAAAAGACAAGGAGGACAUGAAUUAUGAGCAUAGAUUAGGCCUUUUAGAUAAAGGAAAGGAAGUUUAUGAUGAAUUUUCAAAGGAGUACAUAAUGACACCUAGAUUAUUGAACAGUGUGUUAGAAGAUAUGUAUACAAGAACAAAUGAAACAGUUGAAGAGGCAUUUGCCCAGUAUACAAAAGAAAAACAACAUAAAAUCCUAAAUUGUAAAAGUUCUGAAAACAUUGAAUAUGCCAAGUUUCAGCUCCACACUGCUGUUCUUCUCCAUUGUAUUCCAAACAAACAAGAAAUCAUCAUUAAAAGAGAAUGGGCACAGGAAUUAAAAAUAGGAAUCAACAUUUUUGAAGUUGAGCAUUACAAAAUUCAAACACCAGGUCUUCUACAAAGUAAUCUUGAAUAUGCAAGAAUGGGUUUGGAUGUUGGGGAUAUCUGUGUGAAAAUUCGACAUUUGAUUCCUACCUUAGCAAACUGUUGGCGAGAAAGGUUUCCUUAUGAUUUAGAGGGGAUGCUACAAAUUGCAAAAAAUGUUGGUUCUGAUAAAAUUUUGCCAAUUAUGUUUCACAAUGGUGGUGCAAGAAAAGAGUUUGAAAAAUUGUUAGUUGAUACUCAAAAAGAGAUCCAAUCUGUACUUUUGCCAUUCUCCAUUGGUGGUGAAACAAUUUAUCAGGUAUCACAGUCAAAGCAAGAAUUGUUACAAACACCAUGUACUGUAGUGCCAUCUGUUGAAAAUUUCUUUGAACGAAAUGCGAAAGAGUUAUCUUCGUAUUAUCAAGAUAUACCAGAAAAUUUCAAAGGUCAUGAACGAAAUGUAGCUUUAUUUUCCCUGUUUAUAAAACAACUUUCAAAUAACUUUGAUAAGUUUUUGGUGUAUCCACUGAUACCAAAUUUCAUGGGAGUAGACUACUUUGUUUUUUACAAUGUCUCUGUUGAUCGUUGUGAAGGUUGUACAUCAUCUAAAAGGAUCAAAGUUCAGGAAAAAACAUUGUACCUUGUUCAAGUGGCAACAGGUGCUAUGCAUCGAGGUGAUACUAUUGGUCAAGCUUUGAAUGUAGUGAAACAAAUUUUUGCAAACGAAAAUGUUGUAGUUCAUGCUGUUGUUAUUGUUGCAAGUCAGAAUAAAGAGUCCUUUACAUUGACCAAGUGUGCAUUUGAAAACAUUUCUGUGAUCAACUUACAUGGAACAGAAAAACCAUUACUACAAAAUAACUGCCUCCUGUAUCAAUUUUACUUGGAACUUUUGAAGUCAUCCUAAGCUUUUGAUACAUAUUCAUGAACAGGUUCAUAAAAAAUGGUUUGUAAUCAACUCUUUGUUAAGGCAUGCCAUAUUGUGAAAGUUAUAUCAGCUUCCUGUUAAAUUACUUUAUUUUUGUCAAUAACGAACUUUCAUCAGGUUUUAGCAACUGUUACAAUGUACAAUACAAAUUAUAGUAGUGGCAAGAAAAAAUUAA